CGGGCCAAUUGCAAACACAUACAACAACAACAAUCUGCACCAGUGAACAACCGCAAAUAGCGGUCUCUAGUGAGAUAACAUUUUGUGUAUUUCUGUUCGCGGAAGAAAGAUUUUUUCUCGUUCUAGAGUGAAUCCGUGUGGCGACGCCGCGAAACAUCAUCGGGAGUCAAUGUAAAAGAAUUUACAAUCGAAAAAUAUAAAAUAAUCGAAAAUAAUAAUACAACCAAAACCUAACCUAUUCGAAAAUAUAUAAACAAAUCGAAAUCAAAACACAAAAUUAAAUUAUAAUCUAACAAUAUACGGGCAAGAUGGGCCAUCACUGGCCUUAGCCUGUCACGUUAGUGGCACAGCAAAUAAAAAAAACAGUCGCGUAUAAAUAAAUGAUACAAAAAAAACAAUCUGCAACAGAAAUCGGUUUGUAAGUAAUCUGAAUAAUGUGCCUGACACGGGUUGAUGGUCUUCCAGACGAGAUGUUGGAAAAAAUAUUUUCCUAUCUCAGUUUCGAAUAUCUACGAACGGUAACCACUAUUUGUCGUCGAUGGAAUUAUUUAACUGCAAGGCUUGUAGCAAGCAAAGCUCAGCUUGUGGUAAAAGUUGAAAACAACAGCACGGAAAACUGUCGACAAGCUCUUCUUGCCAGCCAACGAAACUAUAAACAAAUACUUUUUUGGUUUAUUGAUGAUGCAUCAUCUGAUGACGGUACAAACAACGGAACAGAAAUUCAUGCUAUCAGUGAGCUGCUCUGCCGCAUGCUAAUGAAAUUUGGCCCAUCAAUUAAAACGUUGAUACUGCAUCAGCGUGUACCUAAUGAAAUUGUUGAACUUGCAACUAUUAGUAGAGCUUUGAGUUUAUGUCCUAAUCUGGAAAUAUUUCAAAUAGAUCGUGUAUUGUUUUAUGAAACCGAUCGAAAUCAAACAGUAAAGUUUGAUGUAUUACCGUCGCUUCAGGAGUUUAAUAAUAGAAGCAAUCUGUUAGAUUGGUUUGAGUUCGACCUGAAAGUUAUUUCACCAAACUUAACGCGUUUUCGUGUGAAUUUAAUGCGCAAUCCGAAAUUGAUUCAAUGUCUGGUACACUUUCAAUCGCAGAUCACAGAAUUGCACAUUUCUUGUGAGUUUCCUGAAUCAAAAUCGGAAAUGUAUUUUUUCAAAAAGUUAAAAUUCCCUCGGCUUGAGAAGUUAUCCAUGAUGUUUGCAGCUAACGGAGUUAGUAUGCAACCGAUCCACAGUUUCUUGAAACAGCACAAUAUACUUAAGGAAGUUUUGAUGGAACAACAGGUGAAAGCAGAUGUAUUGAAAAGUUUAGCAUCGUCGCGAAAAACACUCAAACGACUAUCAUUAAACACUCAGGAUUUUGAGACGUUAUAUUUGGACAACUUUGAAUGUUUAGAGAUGUUUAAAUUGAAUUAUACUUACUUUAAACUUCCACCUUCGUUCGAUCCCUCACCAAUGCCUGUAAUGAGAAUGCUGCGUCAUUUGAACUUGUACAAUGUGACAAUUCCAAAUCCAGAUGAGUUUAACGCUCUUCUACGUCAUGCGUUUCCGGCGUUGGAAACCUUGGAACUGAUCAAUAUCUGCCGUAGAAGAACCCGAGAGUAUAUUCUUUCAUUUUAUCAACGUAUGCUGCGCGGUUUAGUGUCUCUCAAACGGUUGACACUGUCUGAAUCCCAGGAAGAAGAGCUCGAUACUGAUUUGUUCUGUUUUCUGAACACGUCAAUGCAUCUUCACGAACUGCGAUUAAAAUUUAAGAAGUUGAGUGAGUACUCCUUUGAAUCAGAAACAUUCUCCUUACAAAAGAUGACUUUGGAUGUGAAACAGAUGAGCUACAACUACUUGUGCAAACUGCUUGUACCAUUUCCUGAGCUUAGUCGAAUAGAACUACAAAGCAAGUGUCUUUCAACACAAGAAGUUAACUUCGCAAGGAAAAAAUGGCCUCACUGUGAAAUUGUUUGUAAGCAUGAAAUCGAAGUCGAAAUCCUGUUUCCAGAGACCUGAGUUGUUACUAAGUAAAAUAGGUACUUUAUAAGCUACCAUGCUUUGAAUUUUCGGAUUGCAACCAAUUAUUGUCAGAGAAGUUAGGUUACGAGAAAUUCUUUGAAUUUGUUACAAUAAUCGAAUUUGUUUGAAAAUUAUACUCGAUUAUUGAAUAAUUGGGUUAUUAAAAAAAUCCGACACCCCUUUUCGCGACAUAGAAGCAACAGUGCUACUGCACUGCAUAAAUGGACUAGCGAUGUACACAAAAUUUGCCUCAUGAUGCCUUCAAAAACACUUAAAACGGUUAUGUGCCCUAUGCACAAAAUAGGUUGACCCCUAGAUGACCACCACCUGAAUCGGCUAGUAUAAGUCGAAACCAGUUUACGUACGGCACGACAGUUAAGACGUAGCACUUCAGUUCUAACAGAAAAAGUGUUCUGUUCUGUAUAUUGCAGAACCUUUAUGUCUGCCUAGCGGUUUAUGUUGAACUGCUUGGUAACAUAACAGUUCAACAUAAACUGUUAUGUACUGAUGAGUCGAAGACGAAACGUAAAGUAUAAAAAACGGUUAUGUGACCUAGGCACAAAAUGGGUUAACCCCUAGAUGACUACUGGAUUACGUUUUUAUUAGAACCAUUUAAAUUUUGUUCCAUUGUAUGAUUUCCAUAACCGAAAAAUAAGAUACAAUUCGGACAUGCGUAUGAAUUUCACUGGGUCGCCUUAUGAUUCUUUUAUCUGUCACUAGUGUGAAAAAAGUAUGGCACACUAGGUGUAACGGAUGAAAAUAAAACAUUUUUUUGAGGUUAUCGUUAAAAUUUUUUUU